UCUUGUGUUGUGGGUGCAUGUGUGCAGGAUAUGAUUGCAAAGAAAAAAACUAUAACGAUUAUAAUAACGAUGUUGUCAAGCAAUCACCUUCCAGAGAGGCAUGCAUCCCAGUCAUUGCUGCUAGAACUUUCCACCUCUGAACUACUUUGCGAGAAAAUUGGUUCUAUAGCCCGCGCGAUUCUGAUGCUGAUCACUAUUAAAUUUAACCAGUCCUUAGAUGCUUUUACUGCAGAGAGCGCAAACAAAAUUCUAAGGAACUUAGAGAAAUCUCCGAAGAACAUAAAGUGCAUGGCCGAAAAUGGUCUCCUGGAACCCCUUCUAAACCAUCUUAUUGACGGAUCCGAGGACAUGCAGAUGCAGAUGGGGGCAUACCUUGGGGUAAUUGUUCUCGGGCAUGACUCUGAAACUUAUGUUGCUGAAAGAGCUUCCUCAACUCUUAUCAAAAUGGUGCAGAGAGAAAAAUCUCUCACAAGAAAAGUAGCAUUCAACGGUCUUGCAAAAAUCUCAUCCUACCAACGAAACAGUAAUACACUUGUAGAAGCAGGUAUUGUCCCAAUCAUGAUGGAAGAGAUGUUUACACGAAAAAUUGAUAACGGAAGACUGAAUUCCAAGAAAGAAUCAGUCGCAAUCCUACCGAACCUACUCGACUCAGGUAUUCUUCUCGAGAACAUCAAAGUAAACACCAAUGGACACACAAUGACAUCACAUUAUUUUGUGUAUAAUCUCAUUGAAUUGCUAAGAAAUUCGACCUCAGAUGAAGUGUGCAUUAACCUCAUCAAGAUUUUUCACUGUUUGAUCAAAUAUCCAAAAUCAACAUCCACUGUGGUAUCUGCGAUUAAAGAAACAGAUGCAAGCUACACCCUAAUUGAAUUUCUUGAUUCUCCAUCUGAGGAACUUGGAAUUGAAACCCUUAAGCUCUUACUCACACUCACAACCUACAUGGGCCAUACACUUGCAGACAGACUAUGUAACACUAAAGGCCAACCAGAAAACCUGAUUAAAAUACCACCUGAAACCGCCCAAUUAACUGAAAAGAUUGUGAUAGCUGCAAAAUUCCUAGCAUUGUUGCCCCACCAUAACUUACCACUCAAUCUAGCCCUUUUGUACACUGGAAGAAUACCUGCAGUUAUACAGAUAAUCAAUGAAAUCCAAAUAAGUGGAACAAGAACAAGCAGGUUUACAAAUCUUUACCUAGAAGGAUUAGUGGGUAUUCUUGUCAGAUUUACAACUAUGUUAUAUGAAAGACAGAUAUUACAGCUUGCAAGUAGUUGCAACUUCACAUUAGUACUGAGACGACUACUAACGAGAGGAACAAGUGAUGAAGUUCAGAGGUUAUCAGCAAUUGGAUUAGAGAAGCUGUCAGUACAAUCAAUAACUCUAUCAAAACCACCACAAAUCAAGAGAACCAAGUUCAUGAAGUUGUUCUACAUACCAAGGCUUCUUCUAUUUCUUACAAAGCAGAAGCAGAAAAAGAUACAGGUGUGUUCAGUUCACAAAGGGGUAUGUUCUUCAGAAACCACCUUUUGCUUGGUUGACGCGAAUGCAGUAGAGAGGUUAUUAGCUUGUUUAUACCAUGAAAACGAUGAGGUGGUUGAAGCUGCUCUUUCAGCCAUUACUACGUUGUUAGAUGAUAAAGUCGAUGUGGAAAUGAGUGUAAACAUGUUAAAUGAGAUGAAUAUUGUAAAACAUGUGCUGAGUGUAUUGAAAGAACAAAAACAACAAGAAGGGUUGUGGCAGAAAUCAUUUUUGAUAAUUGAGAAGUUCUUAAUGAAAGGUGGGAACAGGUCAAAUUCUGACAUAUCACAGGAUAGGUUUUUGCCUUCUACGCUUGUGAAUGCAUUUCACCAUGGAGAUGAGCUAACAAAGCAGAUGGCAGAAAAGAUACUGAGACAUAUGAAGAAGAUUCCAUAUUAUUCUUCCGAGUUCGUAUAAUUCUCUAAAUCUCUCUUUUAGAUCCAUGUAAUCACAGAUUAAGCUUUAAGGUAGUAAGUAAAGAAUUUGUCUAUUUAUAUUUGGUAAAAAUAAUAGUCAUUUUUCGUGUGAUUGCAUGUUAGUUCUUGACA